UAUAAUUGUGUGCUCUCCCUUUCCGCCGUAAACCUGCAAAUACCACUUCAACCUCAGUUCAAGCCAAGAACCCUAGAGCUUCCGAUUUCUCUGUAGCAAUGGCGACGAACACUCUAAAUCUAGAGUGUAGGAUGUACGAAGCCAAGUACCCUGAGGUCGACAUAGCGGUAAUGAUACAGGUGAAGAACAUCGCCGAUAUGGGAGCUUACGUUUCUCUUCUCGAGUACAACAACAUCGAGGGUAUGAUCCUCUUUUCAGAGCUUUCUCGCCGUCGAAUUCGUAGCAUCAAUAACCACAUCAAAGUUGGACGCAUAGAGCCUGUUAUGGUCCUUCGAGUGGAUAAGGAGAAAGGUUACAUCGAUCUCUCCAAACGUAGAGUCUCCGAGGAAGACAUUCAAUCCUGCGAGGAACGUUACAACAAGAGCAAGCUAGUCCACUCCAUCAUGAGACAUGUGGCGGAAACAAUGAUUCUCGAUCUCGAGGACCUAUAUAUACAUGUUGGUUGGCCAUUGUACCGAAAAUAUGGCCAUGCUUUUGAGGCAUUCAAAGUAAUUGUUAAUGAUCCCGACUCAGUUCUAAGUUCUCUUACCCGUGAAGUUAAAGAAAUUGGUGCAGAUGGGCAAGAGGUGACUAAAGUUGUCCCUGCCAUGUCAGAGGAGGUUAAGGAUUCAUUAAUUAAAAACAUCAGGAGAAGAAUGACACCGCAACCUUUGAAGAUUAGAGCUGAUAUUGAGAUGAAGUGUUUUCAGUUUGAUGGUGUUCUUCACAUUAAAGAAGCCAUGAGGAAAGCUGAAGCUGCUGGAAACAAAGAUUGUCCUGUAAAAAUCAAACUGGUUGCUCCUCCCUCAUAUGUUCUCAACACUCAGACACUAGACAAGGAACAAGGAAUUACUAUUCUCAACAAAGCAAUACAAGAUUGUGCUGCAGAAAUAGAACGUCACAAGGGAAAACUUACAGUGAAGGAAGCACCUAGAGCUGUGAGCGAGAGGGAGGAUAAGCUCCUGGCUGAGCACAUGGAAAAGCUUGGUCUUAAGAAUGAGGAGGUUGGAGGGGACGAUGAAAGUGGAGAUGAGGAAGAAGAUACAGGCAUGGGCGAGAUCGAUUUGGAAGGCAAUAAUGGAAUUGCUGAAUGAUUCUAUUUUGGACAAUCCAUCCUCCACCAGGCAACAACACAUUUAUUUAGUGCCCAAGUUUUUCUCUUUUAAUUAAUUGAAUAUUGAAGAAUUUUGUUUUACCUUUUUCUUUAGUUGUUUUACUACUUACUAAUGACAUGGGAUUGGAUUGAAUUGAAUUGAAUGGUUUUAUGAAGCUUAAAAAUCA